AUAACAACUACAGUUUCGCCAAAAUAUUCGUAGGAUCCUCCAAACUUCGGCAUCAUCGUCAUCACCACCACCACCCAUAUAUAAUUUCAUACUUCCCUUGAAUUUUCCAUAACCCAUUUCUGAAAAUCACAAUGGCUCGUGUAUUACGGUGUUCCAGACGCCAAAAAAUAUGUUGUGGGGUGACAGCUAUUGUUAUUAUUCUUCUUGUGGUGACUUUGGUCGUCUUGUUCCUCACAGUUUUCAAGCCUAAAGAACCUAUUAUCAUCAUACAACCAGUGAAGCUUGAAAGGUUGGAUUUUGUAGCGUCCCCUGAUUUAAAAUUAGAACUGAAUGUGACAUUAGGCGUAGUGGCCACAGUGAAGAAUCGAAACCAUGGAAGUUUUACUUACCAGGACAGUACAGCUACUGUUAGCUAUAGAGGAAGUUUGGUGGGAGAAGCUCCAAUCAAUGGUGACACAGUACCAGAUCAUGGAGAGCUUAAUGUGAGCACAAGUUUGGCCGUUCAGGCAGAUGAAUUGUUGAAGAAUGGGAAUUUUCUUAAUGAUUAUUUUAAUAAAGGGGUUUUGAAUUUUACAUCAGCAAACACUUUACAAGGUAAAGUUAAGAUCUUGAAGAUCAUCAGGAAGAAAGCCACAAGUUUAAGCACCUGUUAUAUCUCUGUGUUUGUCAAGACCAACACUAUUAACUCUACCUGUCAAAAUAAACUGGUAUUUUGACUUUACCGUUGAGCAAUUUUUUUUUAUAUAUUUAGCUGAGCACAAUUCAUGACGUUGCUAACUUAUAAUCAAAUUCCUGUUACUUAAUUC